AUGCAGAACCACAUCAAGGUGUUGUCCGGCCGCACCUUGGAAGCGGAGCAGACGCUUAUGCCGGCCAGCAGAUCGUGGUUGCGAGACACGGUGAUGGAGGUGUCAAAUGGGGCAGCUGACGACCACAGCAUCAUUGUGCUCAUGCAAUGUCCUGUGGUUGGCAUCAUGUCGGCAGCCUUCAAAGGGUUCAUGAUCACCUACAUCUGCAACAUUCUCAGUGACUACCCGGUCAACUCGAUAUGCUUGCUGGUACACCCGAAUCGGGCAAGCCAAGACAGGGCCAUGCCACGCCCCUGCAGGAAGCCUGUGAAGCAAGAAGCGGUAGAGAAGAAAGAGGAAUCGAAUGUCAAAAUGGACGAAAGUGAGGAUGAGAAUUGCCCGGGCAUCAAAUCAGUGGAAGAGUCCGAGGAAAUUCAAGUUCGGGACAUCAGGUACAACUUGGAGACGCAAUUGUCCAUGAAAGACCGAAAUUUGAAAGUCCGGCCAAUGACGUGGAUCUUCGACCCGGCGACAGUCUACGGCAAGCGCGACGGGGUGCUGACAGGGCUAGCCAUUACCCACAGAGAUUCCAGGAAUUUGUUCCACACCACCAAGGGCUGGAAGACGGGAGCUGUGCACGGAAUUGGUAUGUGUCCACGGUCAGAAAUGUACAAGCCAGAGCAAGCAUCGCCUGGUAUACAUUCUGUACCACACCUUGGCCGAGCAUUCACGGAUGUUCAGGAGCAGAAACAGGUAGCUGCGGGGACCGACUUCGUACAGAAAACUCUGGACGCAUUCCAAAUCCGCUCCUCGAAAACAAAUGUGCUGGUGGAUUUGUACGGCUACGACGGCUGGGCUGCCCUGGCCUGCCUGCAGGAAAUCCAAGAGGGCAGGGAGUGCGUUUGCGCAACGCUCUGCCUCGACAACAGCGGGCAGGACUUGCUGACCCGACUCAGCAAUGCAGUUUACGAGCAAGCACGGGCUGGCAAUUUGCAGAUCAGCUCGUUCCCCAAUUUCGAUCCUGUGCUCAAUGCGUUGCGGAAUGGCAGUGCCACUGAUACAGCGAAGAGUUAUCGGGUGAGCUCACAACGACAUGACCAACUCCUUGUCCUAGAAAGCAUGGCAAAGAAGUGGCUCGAGGAUCCAGAGUUUGAACAACAGGCACGCGAUGUGAUCACUGCGCACAACGACGAGUUCAAUGCCUCUGGUGAGUUUGUGCUCGCCGCAGAAAGGACUGAAGCAAGGACAGGAGCAUCGGAAGAUGACCCUUUGGAAAGACCUGCGAAGCGGAUCAAGCUUGAGGCCUGCAAAACCGAGGUGGUUUCAAAGUUGGUCCAGUCGAAGGUGCUGCAGCUGAACAACACAUGCGAUCUGAUUUCCGGUGAAGACAAGAUCUACAUAUCUUCAAGGAACCAAAACCAAUUCUUUCAAUUGCGUGAGAUGUGGGGCUAUGGAAGUGGCGAAUGGAGGGAUGGAGCUGAAGCUGGUGAAGUGACUCAGAACGCAGAAGGGCGUUGGUUUGCAUUCAACAUCAGUCGAACCGACUUCAUGAUCCUAGAGAAGCGAACCUUACCCACACACCUCCAGGCCUUGCCAAACACUGACGUCGCAGUGACACUCCAUCACCAUGAACGUGAUGGUGAUGGAAACUUCAAAUCAGUGAAGCCACUCGUCUUCGUAAUGGACGAACCAGUGGAUGACGGACAGCAGGAUGCAACCAAGAAGGAAAAGGAGAAGAAGAAGAAAAAGCCGGUGAUCACAUCCCGCAACUUCGGGGCCUUUGUCUCAAUUCCGGCCGUGAAGGGUGCCGACAACUUGGUCCUUGCGUGGCGAUGCAGGAUAGAUGCCGCUGGUGCCACCGAGAAGGGAGCAAAGCUCAUCGUGCCGAUUCGACCCGUGAUGUGUUUGAAGUACCAGCUGGAAGUGAACAGUGAGACCGUUUGCUUGGUGUGA